CAGCCCCAGUUGCUCCAGUAGACCACAGUUCUGUGCAAGAGUCGGCAUACUGUUUGACAAAUUCUAAUUAAAAGAGGCGAAAUGAACCUUCGACUAGAGGACAUACACAGCUAAAAAAAAGAAGAACAUAGACUUUGAAGAUUUGAAAACUGUUGGUAUUAUUUAUUAGGGGAAAAAAGGACGCAUCGUAAAGGAUACCGCUAAUUCCUUGGAUUGUUUUGCCUUCUGGGAUUUCCCAUUUCCCUCCUUUUGAUCUAGAAAGGAGGUGCGACAUCUGCAAAGAUGAAGUACAACUACCCAACACCGGUGUCCACCUACACACGAAGUUCACAGUACACACCAGUGUACCACUCACCUUCCUACUGCAGCCCCUCGCAUUACACGCCGACAUCCACGUAUGCCGCUGUAUCAAAGUACAGCCCAACGACACAGAGUAGCACUUAUUACUCCCCGUCACUUUACACGUCCACCUACAAAGCUGCAUCGACGUACGUCCCUUCAUACAGCAAGGUUUCAAGGUAUACCUCAACACGUCGCACUCAAGCGAAGGAAAGCCCUGCACCUGUAAUACCGGUGGCACCUGCAAAGAGGACUGUGCACUUCCCCAACGACAUCAUCUUCCAGGACAUCGUCAGGCGAGGGGAUCUGGAUCAAAUCGGACGCUUCAUGAGAGCAAGGAAGGUCCGCGUGGACACACUGUUCCACUCUGGUAUGGCUGCUCUGCAUGAAGCCGUGCUAUCGGGAAACCUGGAGGUGGUGAAGCUCCUGAUUAAAUACGGCGCUGACGUCCACCAGAGAGACGAGGACGGCUGGACACCACUGCAUAUGGCCUGCAGUGACGGCUACCCAGAAAUUGCCAGGUAUCUCCUGUCAAUGGGAGCAAGCACAGAAGCGGAGAAUGAAAGCGGAGAAAAGCCUGCAGACCUCAUUGACCCAGACUGCAAAGAUCUGGCUAAACUGUUUGAGACAGGCUGUGUGUGAGAACGAGUGGACCUGAGGGAGAGAAAAGGCUUAAAUGUCGUAAAAAUAAAAUGAGUAGCAACACCAAUGAGGCAUUUUUCUGCGGCUUGUGCAAUACCUCUGAUCUUGGAAAGCAACAUUUUGUGCAAAUCGUCCUUGAAGGUUAUUCAGUUUUUUUAAAAUGCCAUCUUAUACAACACAAACCUUAUUGCAGUUGAGUAUUUUCUCUUAGGUCAUUGUAAAACUAUGACAUAUUUUGAAUAACUCUCAUAUCAGAGCUGUAAAUAAGAUUGUGUGGCUGUCCGUUAUGUGAUUCAGUACGUGUCCUUCAACCUGAAUCUUUUUCCUGUAAAUUCUAAUUCAAAAUUAAUAAUGUGUUUAUGUCUGGAGAAAUGCUGAGUUUUUCUGUUACAAUCUUUUGUCACUUGUGUCUGUGCUAUGUUUCUAUAUAACUUGGUGCAGGCUGUAAACUGUGUGCUCUCAAGUCAUGGCUAACUCUACACAAGAAUCUGGACUGAUAAAGUGUUUUGUACAACGUUGUGCACCCUCACUGCUGGGCAGAAAGAGGAUCAAUCAGAUUGGUACAACCUACUUGUAUAUUGUUCAGAAAGCUUAAAAGUGCAAGUCUUGUUUUGUGAAAGCUCUUGCACCUCCACAGCAUUUUGACAAAUGUAUCUCACUGUUAUUUGUUGUAAAAAGACAGAAAAUUUGAAGUCUUAUAAUUUUCAGUACAAUUAUUAUUUUUG